CAGCAACUGAGGCCGAACAGAAGUGAAUAAGUGAAACAAAUACUUCCGAUGACUGAGGAGGGAGUCACAGAGCAAAUAAGUAGCGAUUGCUGCAUGCAAUCAAACCGGAAUACAGUGGCGGGUGUCGCAAAUAACUCGAUGGUUACAGCACCAUCACCAACAGGCCCUACAAAGGAGAUAGGUUGUUCCCUUGAAGCUGAGGUUGGACAUGAUAAUGGAUGUGAUAAUUUGGAUGAGUGUGAAGUGAGAACUGAAGAUUGUCUGGUCAGUCCUACAGUAGGUCGACGCAUGAGGGAAUUUAGAGCAAUAUGUACUGGUUUGUCAGAAGAGAAGAAAAUAGCAAUUGAUGCUACCGGUUUUGGGGCUAUAUACACGUUCAGGUGCAGCGAACUGAAUGUCCGUCUAUGCCACAUGAUGUGCAAUAACUUUGAUGUCAAAAACUCAACAAUCAAAAUUCACGGGAGACAUUUAACGGUCACCCCUGAAGACUUCUGUCAUGUAUUGAGUCUAAGGGAUGGUGGGGCAGACGUAGAUAUAAGUGAAAGCUUGGAUGCACCUAACAUUGUAGAGUUGAAGGCUAAAUUUGGUGGUGCUGACGAGGAAAUAAGCUUGGAUGCUGUGGGGAAGAUGGUUGUGCAAUCAGAAAAUGCUGAUGAUACAUUUAUAAUCAGUUUCUGUCUGUAUGCCCUGUCAACUAUUAUUAUGCCAACUGAAAGUGAUGCAGUGGAUCCCAGGCUACUUAUCGCUGUAAAGGAUCCAAAAACAAUUAGCACAAAAAAUUAGGCGUCCUUUGCAUUUAGAAAUCUUAUUGAUGGACUUAGAAGGUAUAAGAAUGGGGCGGCAUCAACGGUCUAUGGGUGUAUUGCAUUUUUGCAGCUGUUAUAUUUGGAUACAAUGCUAAUGAAGUUCCUUGUUGUUCUGACGUACACAUCACCGGUACUCUGUUGGAAUAACAAGCAGGCAAGAAUAAUGUACGACCAGGCAGAGGCUAAUGGGGGUUAUUACUCGACUGGUAUAAUAGCGACGAAACGUUGGUCAACAACUCGAUUCCUUGAUAAUGUCGGAUCUGUUGAUGCCAGUACAGGGCUGAAAACAACAAUUGUUGAAGAUCUAGAUAAGGUUAGGAGCGAUGUUGAAGGUUUCAAAAGCGAAUUUGAGGAGGUUAGAUCUUGCAUAUCGCAUAUAGAACCGGACAUGGUCGGCCUCCGUAAUGCUAUUAUGACACUACAGACAUGUAUUUCUGAAAUGAGGGACGAAGGGAUUAGUAACAUGGUUGUCGAAGUGAUGAAGAAAGUCUUUGAUGAGGAGGUUCCAAUUGGGCAUAGAGAGGGGGAUGAAUGUGAUAUGUUUGAAGAUGACAUAGUUAUCCGUAAGGCGGGAUCGUCAAGUGUUGUUGGGCCUCAUCAGCCUAAUAAGUUUGAUAUUGAGGACAAAAGCGCGUCAUUGAAGCGAAAGUCAGAAAACAGUGCUGAUGAUGAAAACAUGAUGCUGAAAUUAAGUGGAGUUGCUGAUAUAUCCAAUAGUGAAUCGUUUUUGAUUACUUACUUAUUCAGCAAGAUCAUGACUGAGUCUGAUAGUCUUGCAAGCAGGGAGGUUGCAAGGUAUGACGAUCAUAGUAUCUCUCAAUGGGACCUAUGUUGCCUAUCACCGAUGCAGCCUAUCACAAGCGAGAUUGUUGACAUAUCAGUUUCAUACCUGUUUGAAAAAACAAGCGACAGUUGGUUCAUGCCCACUUAUUUUUCAGAACGGGCUAAGGAUUACGCAAGUGGUAGUGUUGUGGACGGUAUGCUAUCGUCAGUGCUGACUGUAUGUCGGCUUCAUAGAUAUACCGGUCGUUUGGGUUCUUGCAAGCAGAUAUUUUUCCCCCUCCAUGACGGUGUUGUGGACAAAUGGAUCUUAGUGGUUUUGAACCUCGAUGUGGGAGAAUGUGAGAUUUGGGACAGCUGCCCCGACAUUGAUGGCAGAUAGCGUCAGGAGUCUUAUGCAAAUGCUAUUCUGGAGCUCUUUCAGAAGGUGUUUUGUAAUGCAAUUAGAUCGUUGCUGGCAUUGUAUGCAAGACUAGCCUCAGUGUCCACAGUUUAUCCAAAAGAAGCCGCGACCAACCCAAACAUUGAGGAUUCUGGUAUAUUUUUAAUCAGGAACAUGCAGUAUUACCGGAAACGCUGAUUCGAACCGUUCAACUCAGCCGACCAGAGGAUCCGUCUUGCCCUUGACAUAGUCAAUCACCCAAUGAAUGCAGUUCGUGUUUUUGUAUGGGCAGCAGCUGCUCAGGAAAGUCCAAUUGAUUCUACAUCACUUGGACGUGCAACGUACAACGGGAAAGUCCUCUCUAAUUGCCAUAUCCCACUUGAUAUUUAAGGAAUCAAAUUUAAGGCACGCCGCACUGCGAGGCACUGACUUCAUUAUGUGUACCCCCACCCAAUCUUACUCGAUUCGAUUAAUUUGGAUAAAUAACUGCGUGUCUUAUGUGAAAUAAUGGCCCCCCCCCCGGCACCCAAUCUUACGUGCUUCGCUUAAUUUGGAUAAAUAACUGUGUGUCUUAUGUGUAAUAAUGGUUUCAACUAACUAUGGCCGUAGGCCAGUCUUUAUCCCAAUGUAUGGUGGUUUGGUUUAGUUUGAACUGGUUAUUCAGAAUUUUUGUUUGCGACACAUUUCCGCGCCAUGUUAGUGAAUUUAAUUAUUUUCAUUCAA